UCGUUACAGGUCGCGUGGCUGCGAGUGGAUACGCAGACGAUAUUAACGAUAGCGAAUCACGUUAUCACGAAGAACCAUCGGAUAGCCGUUUCUCACAGUGACCACCGGACGUGGUACCUUCAUAUACGCGAGGUAAAAGAAUCCGACAGGGGAUGGUACAUGUGUCAGAUUAAUACGGAUCCCAUGAAGAGUCAGAUCGGCUACCUCAAAGUAGUUGUUCCUCCAAACAUUUUGGACUAUGCGACAAGUACUGACAUGGUGGUGCCAGAAGGAGACAAUGUGACUUUACACUGCGCGGCGACGGGAUUACCGGAACCCAACAUCACCUGGCGUCGCGAGGACGGCAAGCAUAUACUCCUUGGGAACGGCACAGAAGUCAUGAACGUCGACGGGCCGAACUUUAACAUCACCAAAGUGAGCCGGACGCACAUGGGCUUUUAUCUUUGCAUCGCGUCCAACGGAGUGCCGCCCUCAGUCAGUAAAAGGAUCAAGCUGAUUGUUCACUUUCCGCCUAAGAUUUGGGUAAAGAACCAAUUGGUCGGAGCUCAGGAGGGGCAGGAGUUGACUCUGGAAUGCCGUUCUGAGGCUAAUCCUAAAUCCAUCAAUUAUUGGACAAGGGAUAAAGACGAAAUAGUUCCGCAAGGAGGCAAGUACGAUCCGAUACUGGAGGACGACGAAUACAGGGUUCACAUGAAAUUGACAAUAAAUUCCGUGGGUCCAUCGGAUUUUGGAUCGUAUAAAUGUGUCUCCAGAAAUUCAUUAGGAGACACUGAUGGCACCAUCAAAGUUUAUCCACGAACACCGAUGUCGAACUCCAGUAGAGGCAAUACCAAGUACAAAGGUAAACUGAAACAUAAUUUUGGGAACGAUAUUUUUGAAGGCAAUCAGGAUAUGUUGAAGGACAGGGAUUCGAAGUUGCGGGGUCGUAAGGAAACCAAUGGACACGAGGGAGACGACUACGACGAUUCCGGCGCGUCGUCGUUUCACGGGAAUUCUUUCAGUUUGAUUCUAGCCCUGGCAACGUUCAUCGUUUACCUCUACCAUCAUCCCCAAUUAAGGACAUUGCAUCCAGCUUGAAAAUUGGCUUUAAUCGCGCCAGCGCGUCGUCAGAUUCUGAUCUCGAUCGCGACUCAUCGAACAUUUGUAAAUCCACUUAGAAAUCCAUCGCUCAGGGACUCCAUACCGAGGAUAUAAAUCGAAUCAUUAAAACUGCGCUGACCAUUCACACUGUAUUAUAAACGCGACAUUAUUAACAUAAUUGUCAUCGCCGUGUAACGACGCUAGCUUAAUCGUGGGGAACCGAUUGUAGCGAGCAAUAAAGUAAACCCAACAGAAAUGAACAAGAUCCUGUGCUGGAAUUGAAUUUGUAAGCGUCUUACGUAUCGUGUAACUAUGCGUAGCGAGCCUAGAUCAUGCUCAAUGGUAAUUGUCGUUGUACUUUCGAGCUAGUCAGUAACUAAUCCCAAACUUGUAGCUUUUACUUGUACGUUUUCAGUUAAGUUAGCCAUGUGUGAUCCGUGUUUGAAUCAAUCGUAGAAUCGACGUCAUAAUUAAUAAUGAAUUGUUUAAACGCGUACUUCUAUCAUAUAUUAUUUAUAAAUUAAUAAUUAAAAAUAAUAUAUUAAUAAUUAAUUUCUCAUUUUUCGUAAGUCAGAUAAUUUACACAAAUUAUAUAUUUCAAAAUAUUGUACACGAUUAAACUUUGAUCGUUUUUAAUUGUAAGAGUCUAAAAUUAAUUUUGCGACCGUAUAAUAGGGAGUGCUUAAAUACUGUAGCAGUGACUCGUGUUUGUAUCGAGGACAGUGUUUGCCAGAGGAAAUCGAGCAAUUAUCAUCUGUAUGUACAUAUACAUAUACGCCCGUCAUAUAUGUAUAGUAUAUUAUAUAAAAUAAUGUAAUACGGCCCAUAUAUUUGUAUAGCAUGUCGUAUACGUGUAUAUAACGUAACUAUACAUAGUAAUGUUAGGUAAUAGUAUUGUCCAAAGACUGAGAACGUCGUUUCGACGCUCUUCAACUGUGCGUUUAAGUAAAAUUACGUACAGCUGAAACCGAGUUCACCCCCGGGGGCCAUGGAGAUCAUGACCAACAAACAUGUACAGCGGCAAAGUGACGGAAGAAUCAAGACCUUUUUAACUGCCCUAAGAAAAUCGUUUCGGAAGAGUUAGGAAAAGACACGAGUAUCAAAGAAUUAAAAAAUUGAAAUCCAUAAAAUUGGGACGAAGUAUGACUCCUUACAUGAACUGAAAUUUCAAGACAUCCUUCAAAAACUCAUGCUUUUCCAAAGGUGUAAUAAUGAAUGUUAAAUUUUUAUAACAACGUUCCCUGAGACAGAUUUGAAGAUCUUAUGAAAAUACCAUUAACUCUAUUACAUAGUCUACAAACGUAAUGCAAAUUGAGAGUGUAAAUUGAAACUUGUAGACUUGACAAAGUAAUCUAUUGAAACAGAGGUUUAAUGGUUUAAAUAAAAUAAAUGUAAAGAGUGCGAGGCUUUAUAGGCAUUAGAAUUCAAUUACAAUUUCAUGUGAAGAUUAUGAAUGUACGAUCUGCUGAGGUUUAAUAUUAAUUAAUACCGUAAUUCCUUAAUUUUCAUUUCGCAUAUAAAGCGUAAUCUAUUAAUGUCCUGCAAAUGACUGUUUAUUUGUCGCGUUGUAUAUAGUGAUACAAAACCGUGUCGUAAAUAAAAAAACGUAAGAGUAAAUUGAUUCGGAAGUUAUGGAACUGAAGCUAAAACAUAUCGGAAUAUCGAUUAUUUAUUAAAAUUGACAUAUCCACGUCUAAAAUUGAUUUCUUCAUAGAUAACUUACACUCCAUUGCAUUUGUCAAUUGAAUUAACUAUCCAAUAAGUACCAAAUUUUCAUUUGUACAAAUAACAAAUUGUUACUGAUUGCCAUAAUCGGGUGUAAUGUUACGUUGUGAACGUAGACAAACUUUUAUAUCACCUGCAUUGUAGAUACCAUUGUAAUCAAUGUUGAAUGAUCGAUGUAAUUAAAAUAAUUUGUAAUGCGGAGCUGUGCGAAUCGAAUCAUACGAUGCUUAAGCAUAUACGAGCAAUCAUAAACGAAUGAGGAUGUACUACGUUACAUAGUGUACAGAUAGACUGCAUUUUCUCCUGCUGUAGCGAUUAUGUAUGCCUCUACGAUACACGAUAUAGCGCAUUAAUAUACAUAUAAAUGAAGAUAAAUAGAAUUCUUGAACGUUUGUACAUA